GUCAGCAGACAUGGCUGCCACCAGGCGCAAGACGGUGGCGGGAGAAAUGCCGUGGCUGCCGUCUUUGGGCCAGAAGACUCUCUGCCUUCUGUUUGGGGCCCUGCUGCUCCACGGCCAGGUUCAGUCCAGCAUUUCACAGGAUAGCCCCUUGGUUCCAGAAAAUGUCUACACAGGGUACACUGCUAAUAAUGAUUCAGCAGAAGCCAGCCAGAACAGUUUGAGGAAUGCAACAGAAGAAGGAAGGCUCCCUGCACCUUUGGAAACAGAUACUUCUUUUAAAAUUGAGUCAAUUUUAGCAGAAGAAAAUUUAAGUACACAAUCUGUGCCAGUUUCUCUGAGUCUUAAUCCUAAUCCGCAAAUGAAUAUUGAUGAGUCAGAAGACACAAAUCUUAAUGAAGAAGACAUACCUGACAAAUAUGUGUUAACUAGUUCCCUGCCAGUGCUAAAAGAGAGGAUAAAUCCCAGUACUCCUGCUGGAUACGAACAGUAUAGCAUCUCAUCUGAUUCUGAGGAUGAUCAAGAUGAUGAAGGCAUUUCAGAAUUGCCAGAAGAGUUGACAAAUAUGCACAACUAUGAAAAUAAGAAGUCAUUUGCUGAGGAGAUGAAGGACUCCCCAGGCUCAGGAUUAGAAGACGAUAGCCAUUUCUUUUUUCACCUGGUGGUUUUUGUCUUUUUGGUGGCUGUGGUUUAUAUCACAUAUCACAAUAAAAGAAAGAUCAUCUUGUUAGUUCAGAGCAGAAGAUGGCGGGAUGGACUUUGCUCCAGAACAGUUGGAUAUCAUCGUUUAGAUCAAAAUGUUAAUGAGGCUAUGCCUUCAUUAAAAAUUACGAAUGAUUACAUUUUUUAAAAGCAAUGUGUUGCAUUUGCUGAACUAGUAAUUUUCUUUGCCUUGUUUUUUAAUAUAAUGUGCAGGUAUUUGCCAUAAGCAAUGAGCAUGUGCACAGUAUUCUUGCCUUGCAGGGUUUGAGCCUUAUAUGAAGGGAUGUAAGAUUAGUAUUUACUUUUAUGACAGCCAGACUAUCAUUGUACAUAGUGCCAUUUUCAGUCACCCUAUUUAUCGUCUACUGUAUUUCUUUCUGCCUGGAGCAGUCCAAUAAUUCUACUUUAGAAUAUAGCCACAAUAGUCAAUAUUCAAUUUUUUAGUGACUCUGGCAUCGCUGAAUCUUACUCAGAGAAGCUUCUGGUAGUUCCCUAUUUGUAUCAUGUAUCUUGUUGUUUCCUUGGUAUAAAAGAGUAAUGCUGCAAGCUGCCCAUCAGUAUAAAGCUGGUUUCCAUACUUCAGACCACAUCACUUGUAUAAGGAUCGUGCUUUUAUUUGUUCUCUAUAUUUGCCAAUUUUAAGAGAACAAUAUUUCUUUCAUUAUUUUCUUUUAUAACUCACAAAUACCAGUUUUAAAUGCCAGUGAUUCUCAGCCUUCCCCCCCCCCCCACCAUGUUCUCCCUCCACCAAAACAAAAAGAAAGAGAAAAAAGCAGCCUUUAAAAAUGCAGGAUUAAGAUAAACUUUUUCAACCUAGAAACUCGAAUAUACAGAAAGACCUGUAGAAUAACAACAGAUACUUGCCUUGGUGCUUUAUGUAGGGGUUGUUAAGGCACUUUAUGUAUUUUUCCUGUUUGUCAAACAUAAAAGCAUACAAACUUGAAGGAGAGGGUUAUAUCUAACUUUGUGGAAGAGGCAGUGUAGGCAGAGCAGAUUGGUUCUCCAGUCGCCCAUGCACUCCCUUGUUGGCUUCAGAUUUGAGGGAGGGGCAGAAGUGUGUGCUGUUGCACGAACAGACGUUUGCUCACAUAAUUUUGGGUGUUGCCCCAUGCUACUUCACCCUUAGUCUAAGCAAAGGUAAUCAAAUGCAGACAUAAGAAUGACAUGGCAUGUAAUCAUCUAUUUUCAGAGAAGAAGGCACCAUUUUCAUUAAUUUUGCAAAGAGAAAAAUCCCUUCUGUAUGGACUGUUCAGCAAGUUCUGAUAUGUUGGCAGUUUCCUAAGGCAUAUUUUUGUGUCCCUUAAGUUGUAUAUUAGUUUUUCUUAAAUGCGCAUUCUGUUUGUGAGUGAUAUCCACCCCCCUGAACAAUAUGUAAAUAAUGAACUGUAAUUAAUGACUUUAUAUUCAAGCAUUGUAAUAUUCUGAAAAACUCCCAGACUUCUGGCAUGAGAAGAAUUGCAGAGGGCAUGAUCUUACAAACAGUAGGAAAAACAACUGAGCUUCUGGAUCCCUGCAUUUUAGUUUUCCUAAAUACAGGAAGGUGAAGCACAAUGGAUAAAUGCCAGAACAGUUUUCUUGCAGUAAUUUUUAUUUCACUUGAACUUGUAUCACUUUUCAUAAGAUUUUUUCAAAUAAACUCCAGACAAUAAAUUA